AUGGAGCCGAGGGACCCGGGGAAGCCGGGCUCCCAGCGGAGGGCCCGGUCCUGGGACCGAGCGCAGAAGCCCCGGAAGGAUCCCGCGUCCCCGGAGGGCCAGUACCUGUGCCUGCCCGCCACGCCCCCCCGGCCGGCGCCCACGGGGAGGGCCCGCCCCGGCGACCGGCACCCCGACGGCCCCGGGUCGGCGGAGGCGCCGGGCGCCGAGGCCCUCACCCCGGCGGCGGCCCGGGAGGCCCUCCUCGGCGAGCAGCGGCCGCCGAGGGACAGGAAGGACAAGGGCCGGGGCCAGCAGGGCUGGCUGAAGACGGUGCUCAGCGUCUUCCAGCGGCCGGGCCCCGAGGAGGCCCAGGCCAAGGCCGCGCCCCGGAAGAAGGCGGACAGGAGGGCCCGCAGGAAGCACAGCCACGGGAAGCACGACAGCCCGGGGGGCCCAGGCCCGGAAGCCGGAGGCCAGGAGGCGGCUGCUGCCUGGCGCCCCCAGGAGGCCCACCGGGGCCCAGGACCCAGGGGCGGCGAGGACGCUGACCCCCAGCACUCAGCGCCCGUCGGAGGCCAGGACGCGGGGGCCUCGGAGCCUUCUUCCCAGGCCCCGGGCCGCUGGACGGAGGAGGCGCUGCAGAAGCUUGACCACGAUACGAUCAUCCAGAUGAUAGUGCAGCUGCUCCAGGAAGUGGGAGACAAGUGGGAUGACGAGGUCAAGGAGUUUCUCCCGUGCCCCCUGCAACUUCAAGACGAGGGUCCACAAAGCCCAGCCCCCGCCUCCAGGAAGAAAUCCCAGGAGAGGAAGUCCAGCCUCAGGGGGUCCUCUUCUCACAAGAAGCCUGGCCCCGAGGAGCCGCGGAGAGCGGGGGCCGCAGCCGCGCCCAGCCCCGAGCCCCGGCCACCCAAGCGGCCCAGCUUCCUGUACCUGUGCGUCGGCGGGGGCCCCCGGGCCUCCGUCUCCAGCAGCGCAGACUCGGAAGAACCGGAAGUCCAAGAGGCCGAGUCUGCGGAGUGUGGGGGUCCGAGUCCCUUCGAGCUUCCCCCCCACGCCCACGCCGGAAGCUGGGAGCCCAGAGAGGAUGACAAAGCCUCGGAGUGCAAAGAAUUUAUCCAGAAGAUCAUCGCCCUCCUCCAAGAGGCAGAGGAGCAGGAGGCCGAGAAGCGCCCCCAGGUCGCGGAGCCAGCGGCGGCCUCAGGAAGCCCGGCCCCGCCCUGCAGGAAGAAAUCCCAGGAGAAGAAGUCCAGCUUCCGGAAAGCCUUUUCCCACAAGAAGCACAGCUCCAAGGAGCCCAGGAGGGCGGCGGCGGCGGGGGCGGCCGGCCCGGAGCCCCGGCGGCCCCGGCGGCCCACCUACCUGGGCCUGUGCGGCGGGGGCCACCGGCCCUCCAUCUCCAGCAGCGUCGAUCCGGAGGGUCCGGAGUUCCGGGAGUCCCCGCCUGCGGAAGGGGGACGAGUUGGAUCCUCAGAAUCACCCUCCCAGGCCGGAAGCCACGAGCCAGAGGGGGGACCUCUGCCGGACGGAGCGUGUGAAUCUAAGGAGCUGGUCAUCCAGCAGCUGGUGGCGCUCCUCCCCGGAGUGGACAGCCAUUUGGGGGAGCAGAUCAGGCGACACCCCAGCCUUAAGAAGUUUCUCUACCAGCUCCCCGACUCGUCCCUCCGAAAGCUGGCGGGCACCCUGCACAGACGGAGCGCCGGCUGCCCCGCGCUCCGCAGGGGCCUCGCCGAGAGGCCCUAUCAGUUUGCCUUCGACUUGGCCAACAAGUUUGCUGGCAGCAACGGUCACACCACCCUCAGCCUGAUGGGCCUGCGCUACCCCCAGCGCCCGCACACCGAGGCCCCGCAGAACAUCACAAGUCUCAACUUCCUAAGUCCAGAUUGA